AUUGCCAUUCGCACAAGUUGCAUGUUCGCAACUCGGUUUUCGGUUCGGUUUCCUCAUUGUUGUUCUGCUUUUCUGUUUUCUCUGUGUGUUUUCCCUUUUUCCCCGAUUUUUUUUAUAUAUUUUUUGGGCUGCUCGCGUGCCCUGUGCAUAUUUUAAAUCACUUCCUCUGCCAACGCCUUUUACCACCCACUUUCUCCCCCCAGAAAACAACCAGUGAAUUCUAAUUAAGUGUGCGCGCUAAUGCGUUAAACGGUUUUGCAAUUUGUUUUUAAGCCAAAGACGAAAAGCCUUUGUAACCGUCCCCUGUAUCUGUAUCUGUAUCUGUUACUGUUUCUGUUUCUGUUUGAGUGGGAAUUACAUUUAUAAUUGCGCUUAAUCAGUCGAUUACUGUCAUCGCAAACACGGGAAAGCCAAAGACUCACCGUAGCGUUCGAUGACCACACAAAUGAGUGCCAGAUCGAAUUGAGGUCGAUUCGGGAUAAGACACGCUCCCCCAAUUACCUGCCACUGACCCACUUGGCCAGUCAGCCAGUCAGCCAGUCAGCCAGCGAAACCGGAGAGGCCCAAAGAAGAAGAGGAGCUUCGGCAGUAUCGUCAUAGCAAACAGGAGGAACCUUCACCAUGGGCAAGAAGAACUCGAAAUUGAAGCAGGACACCAUCGAUCGGCUGACAACAGACACAUACUUCACUGAAAAGGAAAUUCGUCAAUGGCACAAGGGCUUUCUCAAAGACUGUCCGAAUGGCUUGCUGACCGAACAAGGCUUCAUCAAAAUCUAUAAGCAAUUCUUCCCCGACGGAGACCCCAGCAAAUUUGCCUCCCUGGUCUUCCGUGUCUUCGAUGAGAAUAAUGAUGGCGCCAUUGAGUUCGAGGAGUUUAUUCGGGCCUUGUCCAUAACAUCACGCGGCAAUCUGGAUGAGAAGCUGCACUGGGCCUUCCGAUUGUACGAUGUGGACAACGAUGGCUACAUAACCCGCGAGGAGAUGUACAACAUAGUGGACGCCAUCUACCAGAUGGUAGGCCAGCAGCAGCAGACGGAGGACGAGAAUACGCCGCAGAAGCGGGUGGACAAGAUCUUCGAUCAGAUGGACAAGAACCACGAUGAUCGCCUGACGCUCGAGGAGUUCCGCGAGGGCAGUAAAGCUGAUCCACGUAUAGUGCAGGCGUUAAGUUUAGGUGGUGAUUAACCGCGGGACCUGUAGUCGCGCGGAGGAGGGGCGGGGAGGGAGCGAUAGUGACGGUGAUAGGAGACAGCGAAUCAACGAUCCGAAGGGUCAAAGGUCGCCCCCACAAGCACGUCCACACACCCGUGUCCCACAUGCCAUUUGACCUUUUGGGAGGCACUUCGUUAGCCCCCAUCCUCCCGCUCCCCCCUCCCCCCCCCCCACACACACACACAUACUCACAAAAAAAAAAGUUAGCCCCUUGAAAACUCUUCUUAAGUGAAAUUCCAAAUAAUAGCAAAUUAUUUACGCAUAUACAUAUACAUAAAUUUUCAAUUAACAACAGCCAAGCCGCAAAAAGCUAAAAACAAAAGAGGUUCAACAAAUUCGCAAGCUAAAUGAAAACAAAAGAACACCAAUUUAAGUCAAAGAAACGCUUUUUUAAACACAUAUUGAAUAUAUAUUUAUGUGUGCAGCAAGUAUGGAUAAAUAUAGGGAUUAAAAAAUAACAAAAAGCCAACUUAAAUUAACGAUUAGGCACUUGCUCCAUAAUGAUCUUAGGCAUUUUUAUUGAAAUGCUUGCCAAGCAAACGAUAAAUUCGAAUUGACAACUUUUGAUAAGUACCACCAGCCCAGCGUUAGCGAUAGCCGAUUAAUUAGGCCAGCGAAUAGUUGGAAUUUUUUGCAAACACCAAAAAUCAGAGUCAUGUGAGGCUACAGCAAAUCUACCUAAAUAUGGAUAACACAUAAUGCAGCGCCGACUAAACUGGUACUUAUACUUAAACAUGCAUAUAUACGGAUACUUAUACCGAUACCAAUUCGCUAUUGGCUUAGACGCCCCGUCGAUUGUUACAUUUUGCCGGGCCAGCUGUUCAAACUGUUGAUAAUCGAACGUGUUGAUAAUCGAAAAAAAGCUUAAACUACGCUAAAGACUCCACACACCGACACACGGACCUAUUUACCCCCUAGCUUAUCACAUAACCCAGAUAGCUCUAUUAACUAGAAGUCCUCCCCAGAGGGGGCCGAAAAGUUGUGGACACACUUGCAUGUGGAUAACCUAGCGAUAAUCAGCAUGCGGCUUAAGUGCUCCUCUUGGCUCCGUCGAUUCUUCAUUCUUCAGUCUUCAGUCUACAUCCCUCACUCUUCCCUCAUUGAGCUUGACAAUCAACUUGAUUUUGCUGGGGACCAUGUAAUGGCCCACCUCACCGUGUCACCUAAGGAUUUAAUCAUAUAAAGGACCAGAGGAGUCCACUCUUAGAAGAAUCUUUGAUAGAACUUGAACCCUUUUCUAUAUGUUUAUUGUGCAUGCCCUAUCAGAGCAACGAUAAUAUCAAAUUGUGUAUUUCUACUUGUAUUUGUACUUGUUUUUACACCUCACCAGAGCUUGAAAGUAUAUCGUAUGAGGGAAAACCCCUCUAAUGCCUUAUAAACAAACAAACUACAACUAUCGCCCCACCAUCGACUCACUCUCUAUCUCUCUCUAUCGCUCCAUCUCUCUCUGAUACACACACAUGAUUUUCCUUUUGGUACUCUUUCGUUUGAUGAGCUGUUUCUUCUUCUAUUUCGAAAAAAGAGCCAUCUAAUCACCAUGCUAAAAUAAUUUCUAUAUUUUAUAUGUGGUUCAGCUUUAGAUCUUAAAAGAAAAUUGAUUGUAAAGAUACUUUCUCUGUAGCCAGUUAGUUGAACACGAUUAUAAGAAUCCAUACAAAACUAUCCCUGUCUAUCCCUACCUUUCAUAAGCAUAACUCCCUAAUUAUUGUUGCCCUGUAGAAAACUCCUUGGGUUAGCUAUAAAUUCUGCUCCCCGCUUAAAAUUCCCAAAAUUUUACCAAAUUUGAUAUGCGAACUAAAGAUUUUUGUUUUGUCGCUGAGGUUUCAGAUUGGAUUGACCCUAGAUAAUGCUUGUCUCAUCCUCUCUGACACCGAUAUUCCGAUUCCAAAUCCGAUUCCGAGGUUUCCAACAUAUUUUUUUGAUUGCCCAGCACCCGAUACAUAUUUAUAGUUGUACACUCGUAUUUAAAUAUACCUAGAUAAUGGCCAAAUAAAUUGAUAUACACACUUAUAUAUAUAGGGAGAGAAAUAUAUAUAUAAAUAUAUAUAUACACACACAGAUAUUGAUAAUUAUAUAUACAUAUAUUAUUAAAUAGAAAUCCCCGUUUGUAUUUUACUUGUGCAAUUUGCAAAUUGUUUUUGCAUAGAUUUAUUGUUGGUAACGAUUUCAAUUUAAGAAGACACUCACACAUACACUGCACAAGUUUGCAUGCCUUUCUGUCCUCGAAAAAAAUACAAAAAUAAAGCAAGCGAAGCUGAAAAGAUACCGAUAUCUAUAUAUACGAAACUAUGAAUAUACCUAUACAUAUAUGCAACAGAUACAAAUCAACAGGUCGAUGGAAAACCAAACUAAACAAACUGCAGCAACAAUCAAUUUUCGCGCUUCUUACACUCAAACUCUAAAUUAUUGUGAGCUACAUAUUUUGUACAUACAGCGGCGGAAAGUUUGAGAGCCCUGACAUAAAUCCAACUUAGGCUCUAAGAAAAUGCCAUUCUCACGGCCAGACACUCACACGUAUUGCUAUAAAAGCUAAUAGGAAGCUUAAAGAUAAUCUCAAAAACACCUUUUGUCGACUACUCUAUUGAUAUGUAUUUUUUUUGGUAUCUAGUAAGCUACUACAUUGUUAACGUUAACGAUACUGAUUACAGACGAAAAACUUACUUUGUGUGCAUUAUAUUCAACAUAAGCAAUACUUAAUUUAGCAUUCGAAUGCAUUAAGCGAUGUUUAUUAACACUUUAAUCGAUUCUUAACAAAUAAAUUAAAUCCCAAGCGGCAACACAUUCUCACUACACAUUCUCACUACGCAUUCUACAUUCUACAUUCUACAUUCUACAUUCUACAUUCUACACACACACACACACACAUAACUAACAAGUUUUUGGAAUUAUUGCGAAAAGAAAAAGAACAACUAAAAGCAGAAGAAAUCGAUUUUGAAUUUUUAUUGAUUGUUCUAUUCAAAGAACCUGACUAAAGUACAACUUGAGGGUUACAGAGAUACUUGCUAGACUAAACAUAUAACCUUAACUAGCCCAGAGCAAAAAGGCGGGUAGAUCCAUUGUAAAAUGGUGAGGUAAGGAACUUUUGCGGAAAUUACCCGCGAUGGCUACCAUGGCCGCCAGAAAAGUUGUUCGAAGGGCACAAGCUUCUCCAUUUCCUCAACGAACUUGGAGUUGAGCUGACAGUUGUUGCGUUGCAAAAAGCGGGAUACUUCCAGGGCGCAAUGUCGAAAACCGCUCCAGUACCGCUCCGUGGCUAUUUGCUCGGUCAGCGGUUCGCAGACAGAGGGCGUAGUGGGCGUGGCUGCAGGGCGGUGCUGCCUGUGCAGGUGAUAAACGGUCAGCUCCAGAAUGUCAGCCUUCUCCAUUUUGGCCAUAGCUUCAGCAUCCUAAAGGUAGAGCAUAAGAAGAUAAAACUUUAAAUCGGAAUACAAUACCACUUGACAUGCUUCAACUCCUAUGAGUUAUAGAGUUCAUUAUCUGGUCACCGAAAAUAAUACUUCCAAAAUAUCACAAGAAUCUGUAGCCGUUUUGGGUUUCUAAUAUGAGUAAGGAUCGAUUCGAUAACAAGGUUUGCUAACACCACUCACCAUAUGGAUCAGGUCCUUGAGCAGGUUCUUCAGAUCCUCCACGCAGCGGUUGAUGCGAGCCCUUCUCUUCCUCUCCAGCAGUGGCUUCAGCACCUUGCGAUACUGCUGAGUCCUGGACAUGGCCCCCGUCCUCGGUCCAGUGGACUCCUGCUCCUUGAUACUCGACAUCGUAAGCCUGGCCCAGCUACUCCACCGGGUCUUGAGCGACUGAAUGGCACAGCGAAGUGCAGUAGCAGCGCCAGCUUGGAUAUACCCUUCAGAAGCAGAGUUCUGGGUAUAUGGUUUUUACCAAAUCAUAAGCUGAAGUCGAGGAAUACGAUUUUUUAUAUAUUAAUGCAGAAAUGUUCUUUGGUUAUUAAUAUAUAAUUUUAUCAUCCUAUAUAUAACACAUGUUGAAAAUUUUCAAUAUGCUUAGCUCAUGCUAUUUCUGAUAUAUUCGCCUAGAAACUCAGCUUUAAGAGUAUGUACAUAGAUAUUUUUUGAGAGUUUUAUAGCACCGUAGAGUGCAUUUCUAUACUUUAAAGUAUGAGAAUGUCUGUACAAUUUGGUUAACUUGAUUACCAAUUUGUUUGUCUCCAGAGUUUAGUUAAGCGUGUAAUGAACGCUGCGAGGUAUUAAUUAGUCGUCCGUCAUGCAUUUAUUUCUUGUUUUUGCACUACCCGUCUCCGAUUUCAGACAUCUUCUGCAACCAAAGCAGCGACGAGCCGACUGAUCCAAUGUCUGCAGAUGCGUGCUUCAUUGAGGAAAAUGUGUCGAUAGCUGAAUUCGUCGCCGGCUUUUGAAUACUUAAGCGGCAGGGGAAAAGAAGAGGUCCACACCCGUUUUAGUGGAAAGACUGUUUCAUUUUUGUCAGUCACCAAUAUCGCAAAACAUAAUUCUCAUUUGACAAUGUUUAAUGUUUAAUGAGUCUCAGCUUUCAGUUUUGUGAAAAUAAAAUGCAUUAUAAUAUAUGAUUUUUAAAAAGGAUUCCAGUUUAAAGCACGCUGAGUUAAAUAACUAAGGUUGCUUCCGAAGACCUGGAUAUCAUACUAGGUGCUUCUCGAAUAUGCAUUUCGAUCGAUUUUAUUAAACUUAUUGGUUGGUUGGUAAACAAAUUUAAACUUUUGUUAAGCUUUUAAAAUAUUUCGUUUCCCUUGCAAUUGGCUUUAUACAACUUCAACUGGGGACGAAGAUCAGUAGAAUCUGGGGUUCUGGGGGCUUUUGUUUAUUUGGCCUUUCUGCGGUUGCUUCCGCGCCAGCUGAAGUAUUCCGGUUGCUGCCGAUUGCCGAUCGCCUUGUUUAUGUUGAUCUUUUGCAGAGGCCUGGGCUUUUCAAAUGGCUUUUUGAGAUUGCGGCGAGCGCGGGUUUCCCACGCUCGAAUCUCACUUACCAUGGUGCACGCGAGUGCGGCAAGCUGCUGAGGCAAGCUAUUAAACGCCACACAUGACAGUGGGGACCAGGGCGCGGUCCCAGGGGCGGGGCGUGGGAGGGGAUCGACACAUGUUGAGUGCCAGAGAACUUUGGUCUGAUCCCCAGAUCAUCUCAUAGUUGUCGCUGCCCCCUUCCGCCUGCUCUGCUCGUGCGCAAAUUUGUAUGCUUCUAUACCCUGCCCAGAAGGUAUAAAAGCUUGGGCUUCAAGUCCUAUUAAAAGAAUUGACUUACAUGCAAAUAAUUUAUUUAUUUAUUCACACUCUGGCUUUGAGACAUUAACAAAUUCCUCCAACCACUUUUUUCUAACCAUAGCUACUGGGCCUUAAGCUAGGAAAAUGUUACUUACAUGAUACAAAUGUGUUCAUUUAUAGUUACUAUUUACUAUUUGUAGACUUACAAGCAAUACCGUUUAAAAGCAUCACUAUCCAAACCUAUAUCAUGUUAUGUCUGGGGAUACGUUGGUCAACAAAGAUUUUUUUUAAAAAAGACACCCAAUCCAAUAUUUAUAAAUUUUGUUUGACGGAAAAAGGUUUCGCAAGGCGAGAUAAAAACAAGAUAUUAGCUUUGUGUAAUAGUUAUUAAGCUAAGGUCUUGUUUUGUUCUCGGCUAUUAUAGACAUCAAAGUCUUUGUUUUGAUCUCGCCUGAUCUUCAAGAACCUGGGGAUUACUUACGAGUUUCCAGCCCCACAAGUGGGCCUAGGCAGUGUAGAUUCAUCACGUCUUCACUCAACACACGCAGCUCAUUAACAGCCGCGCUGACAACUUGUCAGGGCUUCCCCCUUGUGGGACUCCCUUCUCCGUAACCCUCCACCCCCCGAACUUUUCACUGAGAGCGUGGGAAAUUAUGCGUGGUAGUGGGACGUAGGGCGGUGGAAAUUGGCGCGCUCUUCGGGGGGCCCCACCGCGUGACAUUGACAACUUUUCAGCUUUUCGCGCUCAACGACGCGUUGGGCGUUCAACAGGGCAUCAGUGGGUCACACGGAUCACAUAUCAGAUUCCUGAUUUCCAAAUCAGGCCUGUAGCUUUCGUAGAGCCCCACUGACUUCGAUUCGAGAGUAGCGGAAGUCCAGGAAUAGACGCGUAUCACAUAAAUUAUGGAUCGUAUCGAGUAUCGAUUAGCCCGGGACAAACGGUGGGUUAGGGAGACAUAUUUUUAUUACCCUCUCAGGGACCUGCACUUGUUGGGUUCGCUUCGUUUCGGUUCGCUCUGCUUUUCGGUUUCGCUUCUACGAACAGGGUCCCCAGAAGAUCCCUCUGCCGUGCAUCCAUAGGCAUUUAUUCCCCCAAUCGACCGAUAUUGUGGGAAAUGUUUUCCCAGGCCAACAGCUAAUUGUCACUCCAAGGGUUGUCCCCUGAGCCCAGACGACAGAUAAGGAGGCAAGUGAAGCCAACCGAUCUGAGUCAAGUGAAGGGCUUCAAUUUCUUCCCCGAGUGGAGUAUCGAAAUUACAUUUGUAACAGACGUUUUGGUCCACAAUCCUGGGCUAAUGGUGCUUACAAGCAUGCACAUAUAUCUGUAUGAAACCCAAGAACAGACACACUUAAGGAGAGUCUUUAAGAAGCAGGGGAAGUCGCACACGCGCAAAUCAGGCGUUCGGGAAGGGAUCUUUAGAAGCACAUUGGGAUGGACUCAAUCAAGGACAAAGAAAAUUAUCCUAACAUUCCACAAUACAUUAAACAUAACCCGCAUACCGCCGGAACUAUUAAUUUUCUUAGCCCAGAAUUCAUUGUAAGUUGUGUUUAUUGUAUGGCAUUUAAAUUGUCAAGGGCCAUAUCCAUCACUUUAUAAAACCAAAUAUAAACAUUUUAAGCAUUCUUAAAAUCUAGGCUGUCCUUUCCUACGGAACUAGGCCCACUGUGCUCUUAUCACUGCGACAAUCAAACAUUUUGUUUCCCUAGCGGCGGAUCUAAUAGCAUGGACAAUGGGCCGAAACGCCUAUAAAGUUGCUCAUUAAAAAUGUUUCAAUUAUGCCCCAUCUUGUACCGAUAGGGAUGGGGUUGUCGGGGCAAUGAUUUGCAUUAUAAAAAUCCCCGUUAUCUGGGUAUUUUGUGCCCUGCACUCCCUCCGCCCCUCGUCAAAUCCCCGCUAUCGCUGUGUAUUCCCCGAGAUAUUCCCAAGCGGCCAAAAAUAGACACAAAUUGUAUCGCACUUGAAGUGCACUCUGAAACAUCUUGAAGUCGAAAUAAAACAGCAGAAAGACGAACAAUAAUAUAUAUAGGGCCAGGCGUAGGCACGUCAGGCAUGCGAUAGUACGAGUACCAGGGUGCGAGUGAGAGGGCUGCGGUGCCAGAGGGAGAUGGAGAGUGGGUUGCAUUGCACACACAACAUGUGAAUGCAGAGUUCAAGUGCAUGCCGUGACACAGACACACACACACACGCACACGCACAGAUGAGUGGCCGCUGCAAAGUGUUUUUUCCCAGGCGCUAUUUAUAAUAUGUAUUCCGUUGCCGAUCCGAUCCGAUCCCAUCUUGCGGCACUACGAUUAUGACGCUCUACACGAUGCUGCCUUCGCCGAUGAUGCAUUUAAGGAGACUCCCGAAAUUGGAGUACCCUGCUGCUUCUGGAGGAAUCCUGGUGCGCUUCGUCACUAUUUGGACUGCCGCCCACAGUGAUAUUAAUUUUAUUGAUUUUGAGAUACACUUAUUAUAUCCCAUUUCAAGAAAUUUAAAAAUGUUGAAGGAUUAUUUUUAGAUCUAAAAAAUAUUCUAAAGAUCUAAUGUUAAAAAAUUGUCUUUGGGAACUACUACAUUUUGGAACUCAGAACUGAUGUAACCCUUUAUGAAUUUAAUAUUACUAAUUACUUUCUUGGUACAAUAAUAAUAAUAAAUUGAAGUGUGCAUAGUUCACUGUCA